AUGUCCUGCUACGAUCUAUGCUCCACCACCACCGGUGGCAUCAGCUGCCCCCAGCCCAUCGCUGACAGCUGCAAUGAGCCCUGUGUCCAGCAGUGCCCUGACUCGACUGCCAUCAUCCAGCCGCCUCCUGUUGUCGUCACCUUCCCUGGACCCAUCCUCAGCUCCUUCCCCCAGCAAGCUGUGGUGGGAUCUUCUGGAGCACCCGUUCUUGGGGGCUCUGGGGGCUCCUCUCUGGGCUACGGGGGUCUGUAUGGCGCUGGGAGAUAUGGGAGCUAUGGGGGUCUGUAUGGGGGCUCCUCCCUGGGCUACUGGGGCCUGUAUGGCUAUGGUAGAUCCUAUGGCUCUGGCUAUUGCAGCCCUUACUCCUACCGGUACAGCAGAUACCGCCGUGGCAGCUGCGGGCCCUGCUAA